GUGACACCGCCCCCACGUGGCGGCUGGAGGCGGUUAUCGUUGCUCGCACAGGGGAGGGGCAGCAAGAGCCCUUUCUGGCUCCUUCCUGACAGCAUGAAGACCUGUGCUGUGGAACCAGCGACAAAGAAGGGAAACACCAUAGCCCUCACACUUUAGAAGAGGCAUGCCCUCCUGAUCCUAAAACAUCGGAAGGAAGGACAAGAUAAGGCAGAUAUUCCAACUGUCAAAUCAACAGUAAGCGACCAUUCUAAUUUUUCGGCCAUGGCUUGGUUCCAGGUGAUGCUGUUUGUCUUUGCGUUGGUGCUGCGAUCGCCACUCACAGAAGGAAAGGAUCCAGACUUUACUUCUUUGAUAACUAACCAAAUACAAGUUCAAAGAGAGAUCGUAAAUAAACACAAUGAACUGAGGAGAUCAGUUAACCCUACUGGCAGCGACAUACUAAAAAUGGAAUGGAGCAUACAAGCGACAACAAAUGCUCAAAAGUGGGCUAAUAAGUGUAUUUUAGAACACAGUAGUAAAGAUGACCGGAAGACCAAUAUAAGAUGUGGUGAGAAUCUCUAUAUGUCAACUGAUCCUACCCUCUGGUCAACUGUAAUUCAAAGCUGGUACAAUGAAAGUGAAGAUUUUGUUUAUGGUGUAGGAGCUAAACCCAAUUCAGCUGUCGGACAUUACACUCAGCUUAUUUGGUAUUCAUCUUUCAAAGUUGGAUGUGGAAUUGCUUACUGUCCCAAUCAAGAAAUCCUGAAAUAUUUCUAUGUUUGCCAUUACUGUCCUAUGGGUAACAAUGUGAUGAAAAAGAGCACCCCAUAUCAACAAGGAACACCUUGUGCUAGUUGUCCCAAUAACUGUGAAAAUGGGCUGUGCACCAAUAGCUGUGAUUUUGAAGAUUUACUUAGUAACUGUGAAUCCUUGAAGACUUCAGCAGGCUGUAAACAUGAGUUGCUCAAGGCAAAGUGCCAGGCUACUUGUUUGUGUGAAGACAAAAUUCAUUAACAUGCCCAGUGUGUAGCAUGACAGACUACAUGAGGAAGGGGUGCAGAUUUAGUUGAGACUGAUGGGGAAAAUCUAUAGGAGAUUAGUGACAUGUCACAUCCCAAAUGACAAGGCUUCUUUCCUUCCUAGAUUCAUACAUUAAUCUCUUUCAAAACAGCCAUUUAAAAAGGUUGUCAUUUAGGAUAACAACUUUGGAAUUGGACCAACUUUGCUGCUUUAAAUGUAGUGAACUGAAUCAAGUGGAGAAUUUUGAAAGUUGUACCGUAUCAGGUCAUUCACCUCUAGAACUUUGAAAAAAAGAAAAACUAUUUGUGUCCUAAAGCAAUGGAAGAAUGGGCUGUAGUUACAUCACCAUCACCCUACUUUAUAGUGCCUGCCAGGAUGAAGCUUGACAUCUACAUCUGUCUUAUGUCUUUGUCCUUAAACACAGAUAAUCACUUUUUUCAAUAAAGAACUCAAGCUACCACA